AUGACGGCACAUGGGCGAGCCUGUCUGAAGUGGUCGGGUUGCGCUUGCCUUGUAGACCAUAUAACCCGUGUUCGGUGUCGGGAUGCUGCAGUUGCGAGCAAGAUGUUGGAGUUGUCGGGUCGCAUCGUGGUCCUGCUUUGCGUGGCUGGUCUGGUCGCCUUCGCGGUGGCCAUCACCGUUGCCCUGGUGGAUCCCUUUGAAGACGAUGACGAGCCGAAACAGAGCGUAUUGGGCCAACAUCGUGUCGACUGUAGCAGCAGCAGCAGGAGCGACAGUGGCGAAAUAAGAACGGAGGCAGAGGGAGACGAAGGAGACGAGGAAGAAUACUUCCGACCGGAAGAGUAUUUGGACUUCAUGCUUCCGAUGGAUCUGAAUCUGUGUCACGACACGGAGUUGUUGGAGUAUGCCAUUUCUUUGCCGGACUACUCGCGUGCCGUGAGAUGGGCGGAGUUGGGGAAGAAGUGCGCCAAGUUUCAUCGCAUGUUCCGAGGUGGAUUCCCGGGAUCCAGCAGCAAAGGACCGAAGAAGAAUAGAAGCGACGUGUCGUCGGGCAGCGUGUCGAUGGUCCGCAAUCCGGAAAAGUCGUCCAUGCCGCGCUGCAAAAAGCCCCUGAUGACGACGGUCAACGUAACCCAGGAGCUGAUGGAGCAGCAGAGCGGGGAGAAUAAUAAGCUGGGUACAAAGCGGCCCCGCCUCGUGGUUCCGUCGUGUCUCCGGCUCAAGCGGUGCGGGGGCUGUUGCCCGGGUCAGCUGAGAUGCACGCCGACACGAGUGACCCACAAGCGCGAACAGGUCAACGUGGACGGACAGAAGUUCGAUCACGAUUUCGAAGUGCACGAUGGGUCGUGCAAGUGUCAGUGUCCGGGAGAAUGUCGAGAAAAUCAGGUGCGGGCAACCGACGAUUCGUGCAACUGCGUUUGCCGGGAGACCAAUCGAAAAUGCGAGGGUCAUUUGAAGGUUUGGAGUGCUGUUGACUGCGACUGUGUAUGCAAGUCAAAGGUGCGGAAUAGUUGCUCAACUGGAGGUCACUUCAAUGAGACAACAUGCGAGUGUCAAAUUUGAGCGUUUUCUCUGGGUGAACAUCCCUGACCAGAAAAGAGGUCAUCUUAGAAAACCUAUGACCAUCUGUGAAGUGCUGAUGAGAAUCCGUGCGCUCGGUUUCUACUUCUCACUUCUGGGCAUGUUUCGUCCGCUAGCGUAAAGAACUCGAUACAUUUUCACGUAAUAAUCAUUUCUUCGCUUCCGGAAAAACCUUUGGCUGUUGAGGUUGAAAAUUCGCGAUUUUGUACGUCCCGCUGUGAAUGUUGACCUGCAGUAACAUUUGUGAGAUGAGGACAUGAGGUAAUUCCGCUCGUGCUUUUUACUCGUUUCCAACGGCAGGAAGACGAUGUGCAAAAAAUACUGAGACGAAAAUUUCAA